AUGGCUUCUUCCCUCAUCAUCGGACUUCCUAAGAUCUAUGCCAAUCGUGGUCGCAAGUGUGUGCCUCCGACCAAUGACUUCCUACUUGGCACCUGGCAUGUCACGCACUCGAGCCUGCCGCUUUGGAAGGGCAAGUGCAAUGUCAACAUCACUUACCAAUUGCUUCCCCCAGAUUCCUCCGGCGUGGUGAGAAUUGAUGAUCUGGUACAAUAUCAAGCCAUCGGAUCAAAGAAGGUCAAGUCGGUUCAUGGCGUGGACACCCCGACCCCGAGGAACCAAGGGGCCUGGGACUGGCGCGGUAAAGGUUGGCUGAUGAUCGCGAGCUCACACUGGGAAUGCCUCGGCUUUGGCCAGGCCGUGGAAGAAGACAAUCAAUGGAUGGUCACAUACUUUGCUAAGACCCUCUUCACCCCGGCUGGCAUUGACAUCUACUCUCGCAAGAAGGAGGGACUUCCCUCGACCAUGAUCGACGAAAUUCUUCAAUGCCUCCAAGGUCUUGGUGUUGAAGAGAUCACCGAGCUCGCCAAGCAGGGUGAAGAACGUCACCCUCAAAGUGGAUAUGUUCGCGGACUGUCGACGAUGGCACCCUUUCCGUGGUCAUGUCACGAGUAUGAUGGACGGAGGAGUGGCCUGUUCCUUGCAGCUGGUGGAAAGAAUCGGACUCGGCAAGGAUCAUCGGGCUCACGGGCGGGGUUUCAAACCUCCACCGAAGCAUAUCCCAAAAAGAAUGCAGAUCCUGCAGCAAAGCCAGCCAGGAUCCCUGAAGAAACAUGA